AUGCGCCUCACUCAGCUCCUCGCCACUGCGGCUGCCCUCCAGGUGGCAUCCGCUGGAUUCGCCACCUACAAGGAGAUUGGCGCGGACAGGGACAACUCGGGCGAGAUUGCGUACAGCCCUCUCACCCGCUCCGACACCCUCUUCCUCUACAUCCAGAUCAUCGCGGGCAGCGACCACAGCAAGAUCAUUGACGACUUCAAGACCCUAGCGCGCAACUACGGCGAGCAGGGCAUCAGGGCCAUCCCCAGGGUGCGCUACGGCUCCCCGUCAGGCGAGAUUGUGUCGGAGCCUGAGGACGCGGACCUCAUCUUGGAGGAUGUCCGGACCUGGGUCAAGGUCUUCCAGGACGUGGAGGACACGAUAGUAAUCCCCGUGAUCCAGGCUGGCUUCUUGGGCAUGUGGGGCGAGUGGCACAGCGGCUACUUCUGCCCGGGCAAGGGCGAGUGGGAAACGUCCGAGAACCAGGACGUCAAACGCGCCGUCGUCGAGGCUCUGCUCGAGGCUGGCCCAAAGAUCGCCAUGCGCUAUCCCCAGGACCACGAGAUCCUUGGCUUCGAGGGCAACCGCCACGUCACCAUCCACAACGAUUGCAUCUUCAACAAUGGGCCUGGGGGUGAUGAUGGCGGCACCUUUCCCGAGGAGGACAUUGAGACCUGGUCGGAUUACCUCAAAAAGGUGGCCUCCAACAACACCUAUGGCGGUGAGCCCUGCAACCAGGCGGAAGGCUCGGGCUACGACUGGAGCGACUUUGACGACGUCUGUGGCGCGAACGGCCUGGAGGCGUAUAUUCAUGAGUUCCAGGUGUCGUACUUGAACCCUGAGAACCCUCCUGAGCUGAAGGAGCUUUUUGAGGAUUCGUCGUGGUCCAAGUGCAUCGACCGCUUCGAGGCGGCCCUGAACUUGUACCAUUGA